AUGGCCAUGGAAGCCAGCUUUGCUAGCACCAAUGGCAGCUUACAGUCAGAGAAGCCUGUUUGUCUCAUCUGGGGGUGUCAGCUUAGUGGUGAGAAUCCAACGUACACGUUUGACGUUCCAAAGGAGUGGUCAUAUGAGCAGCAGCUGGCUCUGAGAACGAUCUGCCUAGGAGAAAAUGCCAAGGAUGAAUUCAACAUUGUGGAGAUCAUUCCUCCAAAGAAUAGCAAAGAACCCACUCCGAUACACAUAGCAACCUUGAAACUUUCUGUGCUUCCUAUGGCUACUCUGUCAGGCUUUGAUCUGACUCCUCCUGUUACAUUCAGGCUAAAAUCAGGCUCUGGACCCAUCUUCCUUGCUGGGCAGCAUGUAACAGUUGGCUUGCCCUGGAAUAGAGAGGAGGAGGAAUCAUCAUCUGCCCCACCUUCAUCACUCGAAGAUGAAGACUUGGAAAACUCUUCCAAGGAAUACUCUCCUGCAAAACCUGCCAAGGGUCCAUCCAGCAAGCGUGCAUUUAUGGUAAAAAGGGAGGCAGAGCAGACUGCCAAGGAACAAUGCCAGGUAAACCUGGAAAGAAUGGAAAGAAAGAAGCAACAGUAUAGGAAAUGGAAUUAA